CGGCAGCUGUCAGGUGGAGGACACUGGCUGCUCCGCGCUUUAGGAGAUCACAGCUCUGCAUAGAUCCUGACAAGCAAACAAAAAAAAAAUGUCUUCCUGUUGGGGAUACGAAGCGUGUAACGGGCCAGACCAGUGGGUUCAGCAGUUCCCCGUUGCAAACGGACACCGUCAAUCUCCCAUUGACAUCGUGCCGUCCGAAGCAUCCUUCGACCCGAAGCUGAAGGCGCUCAGUCUGCAGUACGACCCCAAAACCUCCCUGGACAUCCUCAACAACGGACAUUCCUUCCAAGUGACCUUCGCAGAUGACACCAACAGCUCAAUUCUAACAAAUGGACCGAUCUCAGGCAUCUACAGGCUCAAGCAGUUUCAUCUUCACUGGGGUGCUAGUGAUGAGAAGGGCUCCGAACAUACUGUGGCUGGGAAAAAAUACCCCGCCGAGCUCCAUCUGGUGCACUGGAACACCAAAUAUGGAAGCUUCAACGAAGCUGCCAGUAAACCCGACGGCCUCGCUGUUGUUGGCGUCUUCUUGACCAUUGGUGCUAACAAUGCAAACCUCCAGAAACUCAUUGAUUCAUUUGCUGCAAUAAAGACCAAAGGCAAGCAGACUUCUUUUGCUAACUUCAACCCUGCUACUUUGCUACCUGGUUGCCUUGACUACUGGACUUAUGAUGGUUCUCUGACUACACCGCCCCUCUUGGAGAGUGUGACCUGGAUAGUCUGCAAAGAGCCAAUCAGCAUCAGCUCUGAACAGAUGGCCAGUUUCCGCACCCUCCUCUUCUCUGCCGAUGGUGAGGCCGAGCAAAGCAUGGUGGACAACUACCGUCCUCCUCAGCCGCUCAGGGGUCGCCUUGUCCGUGCUUCCUUCCAGUAGUGACCCAUCCCCCUCUUUUGACCUUUAUAGACCAGUUGCCCUCUCCUUCCCUUCCCCCUCAGAAUAAUCUCUUUUACAGCAAACCACGAAGCACACGUUUCUGUCCACAUUCAAAAUAAGCUACGUUACUGUCUAAUUUAGCACCAUUUGCACGCCGUGUGUGUAAUAUGCAAGCAAUCAUCAGUCAUAGUUCAUUUGAAAGAUAAAUAAUGGGGACUGCGUUAGACAGCAGUUAACGGUGCUAUGGCUGAACCGAAAGCACAAGCAGUACAGUUGCAGUACACAGGGGAAGAUUAAGCUAUAUUAUCAUUUGUGAAUGGUGGUGGUGGUGGUGGGGGGGGGGGGGGGUGUAAGGUGCCAGUAGUGUACAAACAUGGACACACAGGACACUCCUGCUGCCAGCCUGUCUGUAAUCUCUGACCGACUGCCUGCCUCUGCACCACAGCAGCUUAAUAAAAAGCUUCAGCUGCCUUUAUAGCAAGAGAUUGACUCCGACCCCCACCACCACCACCACCACCACCACCACCACCACCAAUACACAUCCACAAAAUGCCCAUGGCACUGACCUGCUUAUUGAUCCAACAUAUACAGCAGUGGAAGGGCAUCCGGACAGACCGAAUCAUGAUGGUGACUUACAUUUCUGCCUCUACACUCGAAUCUCUGUUUUUAUAUUAUGAACUGCCUUUAAAACCUGAGUCUUAAGUGAUUCCUAAAUGAUACAAAAGCUUCCAUUCCUCUCGUAGUCCUGAUAAUAUAGUAGAGUACCAUUUUUUAAAUAAAGUUAAAUAUUUAAAUCAAAAUGCGUUCAGUGCUAAAGCUUAUAAUGCACAACAUUCUUACGGGCACCGCCAUAGUGGCUGAGGCACAAAGCCAUAAAAAUAUAAAUAUAAUAUUUAUACUCUUUUGGAGGGGCAAGCAAAAUAACAUCCUGCUGAAUUCAGAUGUCUUCUGUGGGACACUGAGUAAAAAGAGACUCCUGAGACAUCUGAGUGUAGCAUUUCAGAUGAGAUGUUUCUCCAGAAAGAUUAUAUUUUGAAAAUAUAAACACAUGUACGUAUAAUAUAUUUUUUAAAAUGCCUUUUGCAAAUCAAUACUGGGGCUGUAGGAGUUUAUUAUUCUAUUGUAUUUUGUGUGUGGACAUGUAAUGACUGAAUAAAUGUAUUUUAU